AUGACCUUGGAUCCAAUCCAAACUAACCUCAACCCCGCAAUUCAAUUCAAGCGAACGACGAUGUCUGCUUCUUCGCCCCAGCCUUUAGCCCCCAGCCCCAAAGCUAAAGCUAAAGCCAAAGCCAAAGCCAAAGCCAAAGAAAGCCCAAGCUCAGGCCAAAACCUGACAAGUUCAAGCCCCCAAGCCUCCUACAACUCCUACAAAAGUACACGUCAACCCACAUCUGCAGGUCAAAGCACCUGGCACACCACGUCGUCCCCACGACCUCGAUCGCAUGGUCCGACGCUCAAGCCCAGCGCCCAAACCUUGCAACCUUGUACCAAAAAUAAAGAAAAGUACAAACUAGAUAUCAUUCUGCCUAGUUGGAUGGCUCAUCCGAGCAUCUUGCAUGGCCAAGAAGACCUAGUACGGGAGUUGGGAUGCGGGGGAAUUGCCUGGUUCAAGUCUGUUGCACAAGUACGAAGUUUUAAUCUAGCUAAUUAG